ACUAAGCGGCGUAGUUGGAGUCUUUUCGCGACAAUUGGUGGCCUGUCCAGGCUGCGAGUUUGUUGUGCGAAAACGGAAUUAUAUAACGUUCAAUAAUCGGCGAAAAAGUGCUGGUAGAAUUACCGAGCCCACAAAAUGAAGCCUAAGAAAGGCGCAUUUGUCAACUCGUCGUCGGGUUAUGGCAAAUCGCGGAAUAGCUAUCGCAAUAAUGCGGCUAAGCAGGAGGAGCCCGAUGCCAAGCAAGAGGAGAAGUUGAAUGCAGAGAAGGCAAAGGAGCUGCACUCGGAGAAGGAUUUGAACUCCGGUUUUGGUGAUUAUAUGCGCUCGCCGGAAGGUACUAGUAAUAUUCUGCUCUUGACACAAAUACUUUUUGCGAAAUAAAGCGAAAGUUAAGAAGAGAAGAAGAAGAAAGUUGAAAAAUAU